AGUAUUACUUUUUCUUUUCUUUAUUUUUAAUUUUUUUUCUGUCUCUCCACUUUUAAAGUUUAGAAAGCUACAAAAACCCUGUCCCUUUCCUUUCCAGCCAUUUCCGGGUCUUGUUUCUCUUUUCAUUUCUCUCUCUAUAUAGAAAAAUACACACAGUGUCUGCACAUUGAUUAUUGAUUAUCCAUAUGCUGCUGUAUCUUGUCACUGGUUUCUAGUUGAUUUAUUCAUCUCAUCUGUGUGUGUAUUUAUAUGUACAAGUUGCUGCUUACCCUUCUCGCUUCAACUCCGAAUCUUCAGACAUUCUUGGAGGUUUCUUUCAAAUUUUUGGCUUUGCUUAAUUAACAAUACUUGAGCUUUCAGGAUAUUUUGUGCUUCCAUUUCUGAGGUUGGGUGAUUUAAGGUACAGAUUAGUUGAUAAGAUUGCAGAUUCUGAGGCCUCUGCAAUGGACUCAUCAUCAUCGUCUGGAUCUUCAAAGAAAGCCAAGCCCGGUAAUGUUACCCAAGUCGUUUCGUGCUUGGUUGAUGGUUGUAAUUCAGACCUUAGUCAAUGCAGGGAGUAUCACCGACGACAUAAAGUAUGUAUUAUCCAUUCUAAGACCCCAAAGGUUACAAUUGGGGGUCGGGAGCAACGGUUUUGUCAGCAGUGCAGCAGGUUUCAUUCACUAGUAGAGUUUGAUGACGGCAAGCGAAGCUGCAGGAAACGUCUAGAUGGCCACAACAAACGCCGAAGGAAGCAUCAGUCCGAAUCUCUGCCCAGGAAUCUUGGAGGGUUUCUUUCUAAUCACCAAGGAACUACUACAUUGUUGUCGUUCAGUAGUCCCCAAGUAUCAAGUGCUGUAGUGAGCUCUGCUUGUGCUGGAUCAAUCAAAUCCGAGAAGAAUCAUGUGGUGUACAAUACUCAUCCACACUUGGACUACAUCGACAAACUUCAUGGAUCUUUAGCUCACAGUCACAGCAACAGAAGGGGAAAGCAGUUCCAAAUCUUGCAAGGCAACUACACCCCUCUCCGGGAAGCUUGUAUCAGUCAACCCCUUCAAUACAACAAUUCUGCACCUGGAAAUAAUAGUGAUAGCAGCCGGAAAAUGUUCUCUAAUGGGCUCGAUUCUGAAUGUGUUCACUCUCUUCUGUCAUCAGCACCGGCUGAAACUCGGGAUGUUGGUUUGAGGAGGCUUGUGGGGCAGCCUGACUGCAUUCCCCCAGCUCAAUCCUUAAACCACGAUCUGCAGCACUAUAAUAGCGGUCUAGCUCAGUGUCUUUGCUUUCAAGGAGUGGAAAGAAAGCCAGUAGUUUCUGAUUUCAACUCUGAUGGUAGUAGUAGUAGUAGUAAUGCCAAUCUUCAUUGUCAGGGAAUAUUUCAGCAUCAAACUAAUGGGUCAUUCAAGUGGUACUAGUGGCCUCCUUUAUCGUCAAAUGGAUUAGCUUCUGAGAAGAGUGUUAUUUCUAAGAUGUGAUUGUUUGUACCACGUUUGUAUGAGAAGAGUUUACAUUGAAAUUAAGCAAUGUGUGUGCAUAAGAAAUCCAAGUUGUUUGUAUUCAACUCA